GGUUCUGUGCCGAAUAUGAAUUCACGGUUGUGCAUGGUUGAUGUGUUUGUUUACGUGUGCUGAGGGGUGAAUGUAUAUAUAUUUUUUUUAAUAAUACGUGUACAUGGGUGACUAUAAACCGCGUUAUAUGAAUUGACUCAAAAUAGAAUUUUACAUCAGUGAAUUCUAAACAAAGAAAUUUGGGCGAGUAUUUUGUAAAAAUGGCAGACACAAUCACAGAACUUGCAUACAAGAAGCUGUAUGUCAAAUUCCCCCAAAGGGUUCCAUCAGAGGAAAAAGUGAAGGCGCUGAGUCCACACAUUGUCCGUGUGUCUUAUCCCAGGCAAAAGAGUGCAAGGUUUUGUCAUAUAGUAUUGGAGAGCCAAUCUGUUGUUCCAGAAGUUCUGAAACAGUUGAACAAAAAAGAAUAUAAAAAUGGACAUCUCAGCGUGGAGCUGCCAAGAAAACUUAAAUAUAUAAAAAAUGAACAAAAACCUCCUAUUCAAGAAAAAAGUAAGACCUUAAAAGAGAACAAAAUUGGAAAUAAACACAAAGCAAAAAAUAAACUAUCCGUUGAUGAUAAUAGCAUUGUGCCUCAAACAGAAGAAGUUGAAAGCUCACGCAUUACAGCUGGCAAACAUGUGAGGAGAAGAAGUGGGAAACCUGCAGCUGGUGGUGGCAAUGACCGAAGACUAUGGAUAAAGAAGUUGCCGUUUAAAACAGAAGACAAGGACCUUGUAGCUACUUUUCCUGGAUGCAUUUGGGCUAAGGUGUACAGAAGCAAAGCUUCAAAAUCCAGCCGUGCUAUAUGCAAGUUCACUACAGCACAGCAAGCUGCUGCUGUUGUAGCAGAUCCUAGUAAACACAAGUUCAAAGGAAAAGAGGUGGUUGUUGAAUUAGCUAAAAGUCAACAGCUAAGGGGAAGUGGGAUGAAGAAGAAGUAUGGACUGAAGAAUGAAAAUUCUGUAAUGGACAUAGCGGGAGAAACUCUUAAAACAGAAUCAAAAGUAGAAAGUGAAACUGACACUGAAUUGAAGGAAAAUGAAAAUAAUGGUGAUGAAUCUAUGGACACUGAUGAUGAUGAUGAUGAUGAUGAUAGUGACGACGACGACGACGGUGAUGAUACAUUGGAGAGUGGUGAUUCCACUGGUGAUCUUGAUGUAAAUAGCUCUGAGAAUGAUGAUUAAAAUAAAUAGAUAAUUUGCUGUGCAUUAUUUAUGCUAACUCUUGCCAAGGCCACGGCUGACCACUUCCCAGAUUUAUCACGUAUUGUAUACCUGUAAUUGUCAGUGUGAUACCACCUGAUAGGUGAGUGGUAGUAUUACCGACUACUGUUAAUGGCCUGUGUCAUCAAGACAAUGUAUAGAGUUCAAGUGUUCUGCAUUAACGAAAAAUUGUUCCGGACAUUUUCCUUAAAAAUCAUGACUGCUUAUGUCCCCCUAUAUUUAUUUAGAGAUGUGCAGAAUGUGAUUUAUAUUGCAAUAGCUUGCUUCAAAUAAAGUUUUAUAAUCUACUCUCAA